AUGCUGCGACUCUCGUCUCCGCCCUCGCCUUCUGGCCCCUCGCCUCCCGACCUCUCGCCUCCCCGCUACCAGCGCAUCGAGAGGGGUUAUCAGGCCCUCGAGGAUGCCAGCUGCGCCAGGGUCAAUGCCAGCAUUCCUCCCAUCCCAGGAGCGGACGCGGACGCGUUCAUGGCUGCGUACCGGAGCUUUGCCGGCAACGGCAGCGAGGCGCAUGUGCUCACCUUGGCACAGAGAGUGCUAUCGCAGGCCAAAGUGCGCGCCUUUCUGGCGCUGCCGGAUAGCUUCGUGCCGGGUGGCCUCGAUGCCGCCAUGGUGACGUGCGCAGUGCUCCGCCAAGCCACGCCAAGUGGUCUAGCGAGGUAUGCAGUGCGGGGAGCAAAAGAGGAAACGCUUUUGGGAAGACUGCUACUCAGCCCUCGUCUUAUGCGGGACAUGCUCGUCGCGGGCGGCGCAGCAGGAGGCAGGUACGGGCAGGCGAUGGAGAUCUAUACCAAGAUCAUCCAGGAAAGCGAUAGCCUCUCUGCCGAUGGCGAAGCGAGCGGCGCCGAGCCGUUCUGGGACGACCGCUCCCCCUCCAACAUCCUCGGCCGGCUCGCGCUCGGGACGGCGGUGGAGCACGCCCUUCCGAUUCAGCAGCGCUGGGGUGGAGCCACCGUGGACCCCGUCUCGCGCUUCCUGCACUAUGAGCGCGCAUACCUCGCCGGUAACCUCGAUCCCGCCCUCGAGGUGCUCACCGCCUUCGAGUGCCGGUACACGACCGACUCGGACGCCACCGACGAUGACCUGGCGUGGUUUCGAGCGACCGCCGCCAACUUCCGCCCCGACCACAUCGCGACCGCGUACUCGUGGCGCUACGCGCGGACCGUGCGCACAGAUGUAGCGUAUGGCAAGCCGCACUGCCACGCGCACGGCAACAUAUGCACGGGACAUUACGCCGAGAUCCCGGCAGCGGGCGGAGAGUGCGGGCCGCGUGCCUUCUUCGGUCGCUUCGCGCGCAAGGCGUUUGGGCUACCAACUUGGGGAGUGACGCAGCCGGGGCACGCUGCCAUGUCUUGCUGGUCGCCCAACGGAUGGCACGUUCUGCUGGGCGCCGAUUGGGAGUACAGUUACUGGAGCAAGCGGAGAGAGCAGCGAAGUGGGCCCGAUUUCCACCUGGACGUGCAGUCGCGAGAGCUUCGAGGAGCACAUCAAGGUGUGCUCCGCGGGGGCUGGGCCGCGCUUGCCCGCAAAGAGGCGCCGGUGGGCGCGGGUUGGUCUCCGCGAGCGAGGAGCGGCUACGGCGAGGGAGGGCUUUGGGGUGCUCUAAUGCUGUACAAGAAGAAGCUCGCAGUCGAAGUUACGCCUGCGCAGGCGCGGCAGAUGAAUGCGACGCUGGUGCCGACCAAGGUGGAGGCGCUCCUGGCGAGGUGGGAGAGAAAGGGAGCGGCGCCCAACAUCUCUCGUGACGCCAAUGGCACGGUGCGGCUCCCGGCGGUGGCGUACACGAGCAGGAACGCGUCCGCGGCGAUUGUGGUCAUGCCAAGCUUCGACGCGGGCGAGCAGCUGCUGCACCAGAGAGGCAGCCUCGCCAGCCCCCUCUCCUCCUCCUUCUCGUACGAGCUGAUGGUGGCGGAGCAGGAUGCGGGCCGUCACUACCUCACGGCCAACAUCAGCACGUGGCACAUCAACCAGGACCUGCUCGUCUCCGUCAACGCCUCGAGCGGGCAGAGCUUGCCUGUGGCAUACACGGUCGGCUACUGGAACGAGACGCAGCCGGUUGAGGUCUGGCUGGGAAGGGGCGAGAAUGUGCUCACCUUCUUCCGCUCCAGCGAUCGCGAGAUUGCCAUCAAGGAGGUCCGUCUCUACAAGACCCGGCCGGUCGUGCCGCCGCCGCCCGCCAACUAUACGCCGGCCCCGGAGCCGCCGCGCCAGGCGUACAUUGAGGUCCCCGCGUCCACCACGUGCGCCAGGACAGGCAUCGCCGACAUCAUUGACGCGGAUGAGUGCGGCCGCGCGUGCGGGAUCCUCGGGAAAAAGUUCACCGGCCCUAGGUCGCGCGCAAACAUCACGGGCUGCUUCGUCCUCGCCGACGGCGAGUGGGAGGGCCGCUGCAACUUCAACACGAAUCGGUCCGCCUUUUGCGCGGAGCCGCCGUGCACAGUGCUCGGCGGGACGGGAAGGGAGGUGUGUAUUCGACUCUGA